AUGAUCGAUGAUGUCAAUAAAAAAUUUAUUGAACAAUCAAAUAAACAUAUUGAAUUAAUUUUUGAACAUAUUAAAUCUCUUCAAUAUACUUCGAAUUCAACGAAAAAUCACCUUAAUAAAAUUCGUAUUGAUCUUAAUCAACGUUAUGAAAUACGUAAUAAUUAUUAUCAUAAAAAAUUUCCAUUAUUGCUUCAUAAUUUAUCUCUUAUCAAGUCGAAUAAAAUAAAUUUUCAAUUAAUUGAAAAACAACAUAAUCGAUCAAUAAAAUUCUAUAAAAAUGUGUUUAAUAUUCAAUCAUCAAUUAAUAUGGAACAAUAUGAUAAGCAACUUCAACAAUCAAUUAAAACUCUUAAUAAUCUUAAAAAUAAUAUUAAUCAAUAUGAAAAUAAUAUUAAUCAAUUAAAACAAAAAUUAUUUGAACAAAAUCAACAAAUUAAUUUUUAUGUUAAUAAUCUUUUACAUAUUCAAUAUGAACAAUAUCUACGUCAGUUAGAUAUACAACAACUAAAACAAAAAAUUUUAUUUGAAAAAAAUUUAUAUUAUGAAAUCAAACAAAUUUAUUCAGAAGAAAAAAAUUCUUUUUUUAAUUCAAAAAUAACAUUUGAAAUUCUGUCUAAAAAAAUCUUUCAAGGAAAACAAUAUGAAUAUAUUCAUCAACUCAAACAAAAACAACAAAUCCUUAAAAAUGAAGAAAUAACAUUAAAAAAUAUUCUUAAAAAUAGUAAAGAUUUAAAUCAAAAUCAACUACAUCGAUUUCAUAUAGAAUAUAUUACUCUUACGGACGACAUUGCUCAAACAAAACUCAAUAUUAAACAAAACAUGGUGGAUUUAUUACCAUUGCAAAGUGAAUUAUCUGCUUAUCGUACAAUAUUUAAUACGAAUAGAAUUACUUUUACUCAAUCACAAAAUCAACCUUUACUUGUACCAACAACAACAAUGAAUACCGAAGAAAUCAUACAUGAAUCAGCUUCAUUAAUAAAUAAUCUCAAUGAACCUAUAUUACCUUCUGAACAACAACAACAACAACUACCUAUUGAAUCUAAUAUGGAGUCUGAAUCAACAACGUUUAAAUCUGAAAAAAUCAUGCCUGCGACGGCAAAAUUACAUCGUUCAGAAUCGUUGGGACCAAAUUUACAAUCUCGUCUUGAAGCACUUGAAGCUGCUAUGGGCGUACGACUUAAUGUAGCUAAACGACAGGGACGCCAUUCAUUAUCAAACACUACAAGUUCUUCACCAAUGCAACUUUCACCAACAUCAUCAACAACAGCAACAAUUAAUACAAGUAUAUCUAAUUCACUUUCAACGUCAACUCGUCAUAAUAUUCCAACACGUACUGGUCAAGGUGUGCAACGAUCUGCAUCAUCAUGUGAUGCUGAAAAUCGUCCCGGUCCUAUAAAACGUCUCAAACCUUCAUUACCUAAUGAAAAUAGUUCUUCAUCACCAUCAACUGUUGCUGCUAUUGCAACUGUUAAAAAAUAUCCACCAUUAGUUCGUAGACCAUUACCAACAUCAAAUAUAACACCAACACGUCCAACACAAUCAAAACAAUCAACUCCAAUUAAACAACGUUCAUCACCAAUGGAUACAUCAUCACCACGUUUAUCACGUUCAUCAACAGCAAGUAAUAAUAGCUCAUCAAAUAGUUCAAACUAUCGAACACCAAUUGGUAGCAUUUCACCAAAAACUUCUCAUACGCCAUCACCAAAAACUUCUCAUACGCCAUCACCAAAAUCACAAAUAAUUAAUUCAUUACCAAAUUUAUCAACAACGAUUUCAAAUAAAAAAUCUUUAUCAAUAUUUGGUGAACAAUUUUCUGAUGAUAUAAUUAAAAUAAAUUUAUUUUGGAUUGAUUCAAAAGAACUUGAUGAUGAAAGUCGUUCAGAAGUUAUUUUACAAUUUGGUUCAUUAGAAAAUUUCCUUCGGGAACAAAAUUUAUUUUUUAAAAAACAACAGCAACAAUUAAAAAUAGCAUCAAAAAAUAAGACGAAUGUUAUCCGAUCACGUUUUCACUUAUCAAUCAUGAAGAAGGAUCGACUAGAACUUCUUUAA